UGAUGAUGGUGAUGACAGUGACAACGGUGGUGGCAUCAUGGAGCGAUGGCAAUGAUAAGGUGACUAAGAUCGGCCAGGGGAGGAGUGUGGCGGGAGGUUAUCGAGCUGGAGACUGUGCUCGGUAUCAUAAGACACUUUCGCUUCUCACAUCAGCUAUUUCUAAAGGUCAAAGAUGGGUCCUUUGGGUUCUAAUAAGUGUUUCUUCAGGUUCAUGGUGCAGAAGAAGGGUCAGACUAACACCAGGGCGGGGAUGCUCAAAGGGGUGGUAACUUAGCCCCGGAGACGGUUGUAAGUCACGGGUCGCGUCGCAAGUUAGCUCCCCGCUAGUACCGUCCUCCGCAGCGAUGCACAGCGCGGUCGCAGCGGGGUGCUAAGGGUUAGCCCUAUGGUUCAUGAGUGAGGCGGUAGAGGGCCGGCAGCUCACCAGCUGAUGUGAUUGCAACCAAUGGAAAUCACUGAAACAAAGAAGACAGCCAAUCAGGAUCGAGGAAGGUGUUUGUAAACAAACGAUGGAAACUUGGGCAUUUGGUGCGGGGCCGUCUAGCCAGACCACUUGCUACGCUUCCCUACUUCCUUCCAUUCUUCCACCGACUGUUUCAGUGGCAACACCUGACCUCGCAGAGCCCGACCACUCCUCACACCAGUCAUCCGCGCCUCACUUGGCCCAUCCUCAAGAAGACGCAAACAGUGGCGGCCCAGCACAAAAGACACAUUAUUCAGUGGCGGAAGAAAUUGUGCUGGGCUUAAUUCCUGUGGAGGCCAUCAUGGGCCAUCGUGGGAUUCCAAACCCGGACCAAUUGGCACUGACACAGGAAUACCAGGAUGCUGCAACACCUGCAGAGGAGGAGGAGGAGGAAGAGGAGUGGAGGCAGGUGCAGCCCACCACCGAGGUUAUACCAGUGGAUAUGCCUGCGGCCCUUAAUGACCAUUUAUAUGGGGCAUUUAUGGGCACCCAAAGACAGGCAUCAAGGCCCAGGCCCUCAACGGCCCACCACCCCUAUGCCCGCCCAGCCAGCCACACUCCCACCCGCCCAGCCAGCCACACUCCCACCCGCCCAGCCAGCCACACUCCCACCCGCCCAGCCAGCCACACUCCCACCCGCCCAGCCAGCCACACUCCCACCCGCCCAGCCAGCCACACUCCCACCUGCCCAGCCAGCCACACUCCCACCCGCCCAGCCAGCCACCGGAGAACUGCACAACAUCCUGCACAGGACAUUAACCUACUGGAGCAGAUGUUUGAAGUGCAGAAGACACUCAACACUUCGGUGGAGAGGAUGACCGACAGGCUGGAGCAAGCAAUUGCUCGCGCUGGUUCAGAGAUUGCAGCUGCUAUACGGUGUGCUGCAGGUAAACUGCCACAGUAAUGUGCAUGUUUAUCUGCAGCACCCGCCUGCAGAGACCUCAUGUUUGACAACUUGAGGUCUCUGCAAUGGACCGUAUUGGCUAUCCGGCGGCGACUCGGAGACAAGUACUGUUUUGACUUAACUCAGUUCCUUUUUUCUAUUUCAGAAAAAAAUAAUACUGGCUGUCGUUUGGAGCCAA